AUGGCAGAAGCACUAGCAGCAGAUAUUAAAGAAAAAAUCUUGACAUGUUGCAUCUGUCUGGGAGAAGAACGGGUACAAUAUCCAAGAGAAGGACUCGUGAAACUGAAGAAAGAUUUCCGUGUUCACACAACGAAGGAGCUUCUGAGUCAGAGACAGCAACAUGAAGUCUCAUCUCCAAGUAAAGAAACCUAUGCACAUGGUGCGACACAGGUCAUUGCACAGAUGGCCAUCAGUUGUGAGAAACAUCCUGAUAAUGAAUUAAAAUACUACUGUGAAGAUGAUGACACUGUUGUAUGUAGUGAUUGUGCAACAAUAGAUCAUUACAGACAUGGUAUUGUAUCAGUUAAUAAAGUUGCAAAGUUAAACAGAGAUAAGAUUAAUGCCGCUUUUGAGAAAUCUUUGAAAACGAUUAACUGGUUUAAAGCCGCCAUGACAAAAGCCUGUGAAGACUCUUAUAUCAGGACAACUGCUAUUAAAAGCAUUCAAAAACAAGCCCAGAACAUGCACAAAUUAAUAACUAAAAGGAAGAAAAAAAUGAUUUCAUUUGUCAAUUCUUCUUUUGAUGUCCAAAAAAAGAAGAAGGAGGCAAAUAAAGAUAUCCUUGACCUCCAAUUUGCCUCCCUGCAAAGUGCCUGUGACUUUGCCCAACACUUAAUUGCAAAUGGCACUGACUCUGAUAUCAUGGUUCAUGCAAAAUCUCUGAUAGAAAGACUGACAGCAAUGGAGAAAACACCUGUCCCAACUCCGGACACACCAGCACAGAUAUCCUACAGCCCUGGUAAGAUAUCUACUGCUGGGCUGGAAGCCAUGUUAGGACAGGUGACAGUACAGUCAACACCUCCAUUAGCAGGACAGGGAACACGUCUAAGAUCAACAAGACAAUCUUCCACACUGAAUGCCAUGUUAGGACAGUUGACAGUUCAGUCACCACCUCCAUUAGCUGUACUGGGGAAAAAUCCAAUAAAGAUGGCAAAAUGUGUACACUUACAGGAUUUCAAUGCUGAGCGGGAAGAUGAUAGGGGAAUGGUAAAUAUACUUGGAUUAGCCCUAGAUGAGGAACAAGUGUUUGUUGUUGAUAAUGGAAAUGGUAGAACAAAAAUGUUCACACAUGCUGGAGAGUUCAAGUUUGACAUUAAACUUAACUCUCCAUUUGAUGUGGCUGUAUCACAAACUGGUCGCCUGUAUAUAACAUCACAGGAUGACAAGUGUUACAAAGUGUACUCCACCGGAGGUCAGCAGGUGACAACCAUGGGUCGCGGUACUACCCCCGGUAGUAAACUUGAGAGUCCACGUGGUAUCACACUAAACAAACAAGGUCAUGUGAUGGUUUGUGAUGGUGAAAACAAAUCCAUCUUCACAUUCCAUGCAGACAGUGGACAGCUCCUGAACACUUUUCCACUUAGUAUGUGUGAAUAUCCAGUAUACAUCACAGUGAACAGUGUGAAUGAUAACAUUGUGAUAUCAGACUGUGGCAAAGACUGUGUGCAUGUGCUGUCACCUACUGGUCAUCAACUGUUCCAGUAUGGCACAGAAGGCAGUGGUGAUGGUCAGCUGAAUGGAGUACGUGGAGUGUGUACAGACAGCUAUGGUCAUAUCCUCAUUGCGGACAUUUAUAACCACAGGAUAGUGGCACUGAGUCCACAAGGAGAGUUUAUCAGAUACAUUGCCACUGAGAAUGAUGCUUUGGAGUACCCCGUAGCAUUAGCCAUCAACCCUGCUGGCCAGCUGGUGGUGGCAGAGUUUUACGGCCAAGUUAAGACAGUCCAUUAUUUUUAA